AAGUUGCGUAGGGACCCGGAAGCGGCGGCAGGACCCGGUAUCGGCGGCGGGAGCCGGCGGUUCUGGUCGGUCCUGGUCGGUCCUGGUCCGGCAGCCGCUCCCGGCGGCGCAUUCCAUCCCGCCGGUCCCAGCAGCAGCCUUCCCAGCGUGCCGAUCCCGGCGGAUUCCGUACCCAGCGGGCCCCGGGCAUGGCGGGCCGCGGGAAGCUGAUCGCGGUGAUGGGUGACGAGGACACGGUGACCGGCUUUCUGCUGGGCGGCAUCGGGGAGCUGGACAAGCACCGACGGCCCAACUUCCUGGUGGUGGAGAAGGAAACGAGCCUGGCCGAGAUCGAGGAGACGUUCCGGGGUUUCCUGGCGCGGGAGGACGUGGGCAUGAUCCUGAUCUCGCAGGCGCUGGCGGAGCAGAUCCGGCCGGCGGUCGCUGCCCAUGCCCGGGCGCUGCCCGCGGUGCUCGAGAUCCCCUCCAAGGACCACCCCUACGACCCGGCCCGGGACUCGGUGCUGCGCCGCGCCCGGGGGCUCUUCGCACCCGAUGAGCUGCGAUAGAGCCCCCCCAGGACCCCCCAAGCCUUCCCGGCGCUCCCCCAAAUCCCCCCAAAUCUCCCUCUAAGCUCCCCCAAACACUUCUCCCGGUACCCCCAGUAUGUGCAAACCCCAGCAGCACCCCCAAGAUGUCCCUUGUCCCCUGUGCCCUGUCCCCUUUGCACCCAGCCAAGGGUGAUGGGCACCCACAGGCACUCCCAAACAGUCCCUGGUACCUUUCAGCACCCCCAAACAGUCCCCCACCACCACCCCAACUUCUUCACACUCGACAACCUGUGAUAGCCCUCCCUUGGUACCCCAAAACAGCCCCCAGCACCCGAGGGGUCACAAGCUGGGCCUGGGGGUCUCCACUCCAAGGAACCCACCCAGGGGCUCCCAGCCCCCAUGCCUGGGGGGUCCCCGGCGCAUCCCAGGGUGCUGCUGGGGGUCCCUGGGGUUCCCCGGGUGUCCUGGGGGGCUGUGGUUGCCCGUGGGUCUGAGAGGGACACGUGGGGUGUCUCUGAGCAUGCCUGGGGCAGCCACAGGGACCUUGUGGGUGACCUGUGACUGUGUCUCAGCCGUGUCCCGUGAUGGGGAAGUGCCACCACCAUGUCCUGCUGAAUCCUACCAGAUCCUGCCAGAUCCUGCCUGUAGGCAGGGAGGGGUGCCUGGAGGUGGCAAAGGAACACCCCAAGGACACUGGGAGUUGUCGCCGUGACCUUGUCACCAUUCCUGCAGCUCCUCCUCAGCCCCAGCAGAACCUGGGGGGAUGGUUAUUUAUUGUCCUUGCCCAGUGCCCAAGUGUCCACUUGUGUCCCCCGUGUGUCUCCCUGAGUGUCCCCAACAUGUGCUGACACCA